AUGACGCAACCGAACCAUCCAUCACCACAACAACCAUCAUCUCCUUCCCAGUUCCAUCAGCAUCCACUCCAACAACAAUUUUCAUCACCCUUUUACAAUCCUUCCUCAAGGCCAUCAUCCUCUUCAUCCUCUUCUCCCAUACCAUUAUCAUUACACGCUCGGAAUAAUCACCUCACGAUGAAUCAUCAACGCACCACCACACCCACGACCACCAUGGUCUUCAUGAAUAAUACCAAUAACACUGCCUCUCCCAUUGCAAUGGGUGGGUCCUCUUCUUCCGAUUCUGCAUCGAGUUCUCCUUCUCUGGGCCGUGAAGAGGGAAGAGUCGUCCACAACAGACAAAGAAGGCUUGCCAUCACCAGCAGUAGUAGUACUCACAUGCAACCGUUUAUUCAAAAUAAUGGAAUGGUUCAACAACAACAACAAUUCACCCCAACUCCAAGCAAUUAUUCGGUCCAUGCAAAUAACAACAACAACACCACCACCACAACGAAUUCAACGACGACUAGUAGCACAUUCUCAACAAACCAACAAAAUUCCAACCAAAUGGUUGAUUCCUUUGUGAUCACAGAAGAUGAUGUUGAAAGUCAUCACGAAGGUCGACUGCAAAGUAUUCCUCAACAAACACCACCACCCCAACAACAACAACAAACCUAUAACCCCUAUUCAAGAAAUAAUUUAUCAAAUCAAAGAGAUAUGGUCUCGUCUUUUGGAGUUUUGGAAAAUGAUGAUGAAGAAAAUUAUGAUAUUGACCAAAACUUUUCGCCUCCUCUCCAACACAACGUUGAAUUAAUAAUGAAAAACAAUGUGAAUACAAUCACUACACAAAAUGCAAUGACAGAUUCCGAUGUAGAGUUGGAUUUUGGUUCAUCUUAUCUGUUUCAAAGGAGGCCGAUUCUAUCCACUCAGAAUGCAAAUGUGAAACGGUCAAUUUUGGAUCCUAUUAAUGAACGAGUUCUUCCUCAUCAGAAAAUAGAUACAGGUCAACAUGGUAAUAAUUAUGUUGACUCUUUUGGUCAAUUGGAUUACUCAAAUUCUGAAAUUCAAAAUACGAAACAACCAACCCCCAACAAUGACGAAGAGUAUGAUCUGAUGGGACUUUCUGAAAUAGGAAAGAAAUCAUCAGCAAGUCCUGAAAAUCAUUAUCUGCCUGUUAUUUCUCCAAACAAUUAUUCACAUCACACGAAUGUAAUCAUUAAUGGCAAUAUUGGUCAAUCCUACUAUGAUUAUAACUGGAGCGUCGGAGAUGUUAUUACGGACAUCAAAAAUUCAAAAUCUUUCAAACUUUUGGAACAAUUAGGUGAAGGAUCCUUCGGAGCUGUAUUUCGAGUGGUCCAUUUGGGUUCCAAUGUACAGUAUGCUUUGAAACGAAUUACUAUCAAUGAUUAUCAAGAGAAAGAAGUUAAAUUAAUGAUGAUGUUAGACCAUGAAAACAUUGUAAAGUAUUAUGACUCAUUUAUGGACAGCAACAAGAGAUAUUAUUGUAUAUUAAUGGAAUACUGCAGUGGAAAACAUUUAGAUCAUUUCUUGGCAGAGUUGAAAGAAAUUAGCAAUGAGAGCAAGGGUUUAAAAACCUUAUCGAUGGACGUCCGAUUUUUAUGGUUUGUUAAACUUCUUGAGGUAUUGCAUUAUCUUCACCAAAAUAAGGUCAUUCAUAGAGAUCUUAAACCUCAGAAUAUUAUUGUCCAAUACAACUCGGAACAUUUAAGAAACAAUUUUGAACAAGAAAUUCGAAAAAUCACUUUGAAAAUUAUUGACUUUGGACUGGCCAAACAGUUGGUGCACAAAAACUCGACAUCCACCAUAUGUGGAACAAGAGCCUAUGUUGCACCUGAGAUUAAACCCGGAGCAGAGUACGACUAUAAAGUGGAUGUAUACAGUUUGGGCAUAAUAUUCAUGCAAUUAUCAGCUGGUUUGAAUGUGAAAGAUUUCCAGCAAUUAAUUGAUCAACGAGCACGAAGACACAACACUGAUUUCUGGUCAUUCAUGAGGUCAAGUUACUAUUUUGACUUUAUCCAUGAUCACGUUUUUGAUAUAGGAACCAAACGCAUCGUCCAAAUGAUGGUUUGCUCAAGAGAGGAACGAAAAAGUGCUGCAGAAAUUCUAGAUCACACCAUCAUCCAAACUUGGAGAUUUAUCUUUGAUAAUGACUCUUCGAAACUGUUAAAUAUUUUGAGCAAACCAGAAUCCAUUUUGGGAUUUUUAAGUGGGCUCGAUUCUAGUAAUGCCUACCUGACAAGAUCCAUUCUGGGCAUGAAAGAUUUAAUUUCCAAUGAAAAAUUAAGACCCAAAUGUUGUGAACUCAUUUCAGAGUACAAAGUGCUUCCCGUUCUUUUAUUCUAUGUCUCGAGAAAGUUAUUUUCUGAUCAUAAGAUCCUUUCAGAACAACAAAAGACUCCUGCUGAGAUGUUUGAUGAAAUUUUCAAAAAUACCCUUAAUAUCAUUGCAAAAGUUAUGAUCUAUUAUGAUGGACAGCCAAACAAGGAACGUAUCAAACGAAUCAUACGAGAGAUGAGAAAUGAAACGUCAUUAUUACUCGUUGAUGAUUUAGGACGAUAUUCUACCACUUGUAUAUUAAGUUUUAUUCAUGUCAAAAUCUCCACUAACCCUAACUUUUUCUACACACUACCUUGCUUGAGAGUAGUAUUUAUGUUAUGUAAAUAUGACAAAUCGGCCAGAGUUGGUUAUUGCAUUUGGCUUGAGCGACACAAAUCAAAGAUUGGUAAAAUUGACGAACCACUCCCUGAAAAGAAAACUGAACUACUUCGAGGUAUCUCAACCUACAUAUCUUUAAUCGAACCAGGAUACUCAACAUUGUUAUCAUUGAACAAUUUUGUGGAUCCCAUGUUUGUUGAGGCAUUUAAUGAAAUACCAUUCCACCAUCGUAGACCACACAUCAAACAAAUAUGGAAGAAACUUGGACAAUUGUUGACAUUGUCACUUGAUAGAGGUGAUGAGAAAACUGCUGAAACAGUACUUGGAGUUAUGAACAAUUUCCUCUAUGAUUAUCACCAAUUAGAAAGAAUUACAACCUAUAGCGGUGUCAGCAACACCAAGUUUGCAGCCAUUACAGGAGAUUCAAAUAUUUGCGGGCUGCCCAACUCAACGUACUAUUUAAUUCCGAACGGAACUUCAACGUUUGGACUUGUGAAAAAUUAUGCCCAUGUCGAUCGUCAAACUUUAAUCUAUCAAUUAGUUUGCAAUGACUUGAAUCCUCAAGAAAUUAAGAUUUGCCAUUUCGAUCAACCUCCUUCAAACCUUCUCAGCAACGAUAAGGAAAUUGUGAAUGACUUUCUUGGAUGUUUCUCUCCUGUUUCGUUAAAUCCUGUUGAUUUUUCACAUUUAUUGAAUUUACCAGGCUCGCCGCUGACAAUGGUUGACAAUAAUCGCACCUUUUAUUUUCAUUCCAAUCGAACGACCAAGAUGGCCAUUUGUACCAAAGAUCCUCUGUUUUUCUUCCAACCACAAGCAGUCGAGCAAAAGAUCAAAUUUGGCCAAUCUCCAAAGAAUUUUGGUAUGAAAGACAUGGCAAGAAGCUCAACUUCUACUAUUUUCUAUUAUGAGGUGCAAAUUCAUAGAUUAGUAUCUUCUAAAAUUGCUAUUGGAAUCCUUGCACGAUCUUCCAUCAAUGAGAAGACCUCUAUUGAGAGAAAAUAUAUUUAUCAUGCCCAAGAUGGUUUUGUGUUUAUUGCUGCAGAUCAAAAAGAGAUACUCUACAAGGAAUUGGAAAUUGUGGCGCAUUGUGGAGAUACUAUUGGAUGUGGAUUUACAAAUCAAGGCGAGGUCUAUUUCACCAUGAAUGGAGUUUUCUUGUUUUUUGCCUCUCUCCACCAACGCAUUGCUCACGCCUCAAUAUUUCCCAUCUUGGAGGUACUUUCCACUCCCAACGACGAGUGUUUACUGCACUACAAUUUUGGAGAAAAUCUCGCAAGUGAACCUUUUGUGUUUCAACACCAACAACCGCUCGUAAGGGACGCAAGCAGAGAAAUAUUCUUUCGUGACUCGUUGAGCGCAAUGAAAAAGAUUAACUUCCAGCAAAUCAGCUCGAUGGCCAAAGCGAAAGAGCUACGGAGAUGUUUAGAAAUGAAUUACAGAAAGCUCUCUGAAUCUGAAUAA